AUGGCUCGUCCGACGGGAGUCGAUUCUAUUCCCAACGAGCUCCUGGAGAAUAUUUUCGAAGUCGGACUCCUCCUUCCUAUUCCCAUGGACGAUAACUACCCCCACCGACCUCUUUUCUCCAAGUCCCCCCUUCUUCCACUGUACCCGACCGCGCUUUCCCAGGUUUGCAUCCGUUGGCGAGAGCUUGUGCUCCAGAUGCCCAAUUUGUGGAGCCAUAUUCACCUCACUAGGUCCAUCGAAGCACAUCGUCGCCUCAAGUCCGAAGUCCGCCGCUCUCUCGAGUGGUUGCCCACAUAUUUCAUCCGCUCAGCAGGCCUUCCACUUCAUGUUACGGUGGAUACGACGCGCCUACCAGCCACAACGGUCCUCAACCUCAUCCUGCCGCACAGCGCGCGUUGGCAAUCGUUCACGCUGCUUGUGUCGCACAUUGGUAGCCUCCCUUCGAUUCUCCCGCUCCUCGAGAAGACACGCGUACCACAGCUCCGAACGUUGUCAAUUUCGUCCGAUAUCUACCGCGAUGGCAUUGUAUCCUACGAACCUCUAUCGCCCUUCUUCGCCGUAGCUACACCCGAGCUGUCCAGCGUGCACCUUCACGGUGUAUAUAUUCUGUGGAACGCCGCGCCGCUGAAGAACCUUCGCACCCUCGAACUCCAUUUCACCUCCCGAUGGCCAACCUUCACCGAGCUGCGAGACGUCCUUCUUGCGUCGCCCCAGCUCAGGCGUUUCGUUAUCCACGACGAUAUCACCGAACUCCUCCGCCAUGUCGACCAGCCGCUUUCAAAGCCCAAGAUCGAGUUGGGAAGCCUGAAGUAUUUGGAGAUCGAGGCGUACCGCGUUCGCGGUGGGCACGCGGACGUCGCGAGCCUAAUCGGCCUGUUCACCCUGCCGCGUGUUGAGACGCUCGUUCUCCGUGAGCUCAAGACGGGAGAGUGGACCAACGUCGCUAUGAUUUAUGGCCUUCCGGCCGAUCCGCGCAAGUUCCAAAUCCGGCCAUCGCGUCGAAGCACGGAUUACAGGGCCAGCGUAUUUCGAGUAUCUGAUUCCUUCCCUUUUCUUUCGACUUUGAUUGUUUCAAGCUCUUCUUUUUCAGGAGGCGCCACUCAUUGA